AUGUGGGACAAGAAGACAGCCAAGGAGGUCAUUCGCAAUCUUUUACCUGCCAGGAUUGCGAACUUUGUGGAAAUGCAAGUUGAACUGCAUUCUCGUCCCAGCAAAGGCCAACGUUACAGCCAGGAGACAAAAGCUUUUGCUUUGUCCCUUUAUCACAUCAGUGGAAAAGCAUACAGAUUCCUUUCAAAGUUUUUCCACCUACCAUCUAAGUCGAGUCUUCUAAAAUGGGUAUCAGGGCUGCCUACAAAAACAGGGAUAGUAGAUGAAGCUUUCAAAACUAUCGAGACUAAAGUUAAGACCAUGAGCGAAGCAAACAGAAUGUGUACACUGUCCCUGGAUGAAAUAUCCAUAAAAACUCAUCUGCAUUACGACUCGGCAAAAGAUGAAGUCAUUGGCCUUGAGGAUGAUGGAGACACUAAAGGCGAUCUCGUGGCAAACUCUGCACUGGUUUUCAUGGCAUGCGGUAUUCAAGAAAAUUGGAAGCAGCCCCUUGCAUACUACCUGGUUAACGGCAGCUGUGACAGUCAGAAGGUCAAGAAAAAGCUUUUCGAAUUACUUGAUAAACUCGAUUCUAUUGGUUUAAAUGUUGUGGCAGUUAUUUCCGACCUUGGUUCAAAUUUCCAAAAGUUUAUCAAUGGGCUUGGCAUCACCGCAAUCAAACCUUGGUUUUUGCAUAAUGGCAGAAAGAUCUUCUAUUUGUACCACCCACCCCAUAUCAUUAAAGCCAUUAGAAACAAUAUAAUAAAUUAUCAAUUUCAUUUUGACGGAAAGAUUGCAAGCUGGAAAGAUAUCGAGGCCCUCUAUGCGAAUGAUAGCAAGUUAUCAAUCCGCUUAUGUCCCAAAUUAACGGACAAGCAUAUGCAUCCCAACGGAUUUCAAGAAAUGAAGGUGAAAUAUGCCACUUAA